AUCCCACCUGAUUGAUCAUUAUCCAGCUGCCUGCCACUGAUAGAACUUCGCAUCUCAAAAUAUACGGGGUUGAUCCCAAUUAUACCGCCUACCGACCCUAUAAACAAAUCCUACAGCGAGUUUACUUUCAAGCCGAAGAAAGAAAAACACCUCCACCUCCAUAUCCCCCCCUCCCUCUUCAAAAACCGCCAAACCAAAGCACGAUUUAAACACACCACCACCGCCGCCACCACCACUACCGCUACCACCGCCACCAUGAACCGCCUCUUCGGCAGCGCGCCCAAAGCGCCCAAACCCACCCUCACGAGCGCCAUCUCCAACCUCGACGGCCGGAUAUCCUCGUUCGACGUGAAAAUCGCCUCGCUCAACGCCGAGCUGGGCGCGUACCAGAGCAAGAUGGCGAAGAUGCGCGAGGGCCCCGGGAAGUCGGCGCUCAAGGCGAAGGCGCUGAAGGUGCUCCAGCGGCGCAAGCAGUACGAGGCGCAGCGGGACCAGCUGCAGGCGCAGGUGUGGAACAUGGAGCAGGCGCAGACGAUGCGGGACAACCUGGCCGGGGUCAUGACCACCGUCGACGCCAUGAAGACCACCCAGAAGGAGUUGCGCAAGCAGUACGGCAAGGUCGACCUCGACAAGAUCGAGCGCAUGCAGGACGAGAUGGCCGACCUCAUGGACGUCGGCAACGAGAUCAACGAGACCCUCAGCCGCGGCUACGAGGUCCCUGACGACGUCGACGAGGCCGAGCUCGACGCCGAGCUGGAGUUGCUCGGCGCCGAGAUGGAGAUGGAAGGCGCCGCCAUGGACGCCGGCGGCGUGCCCGAUUUCAUGAGGGACGAAGUGCCCGAGUUUAUUGACGAGCCUCCCGAGACGAGUAACAAGGUACAAGAAGCAGCGAGGUGAUUACCACGAGAGAUGGCCAAGCUUUAGGUACCUACCUACCUAUUAUAAUUUCCAGGUGAAUGGAGAAAAGGGGAGUUACUGGAGUUUUACGUUUACCCGAUCGAGUUAAGCGGUGUUUGGAAGGUCUCUCUGUUUUU